AUGUUCCUGGGUGUGAACAUCCGCUUGUCCAACCUCGCGUGGUUGGUAGGUGGGUUCACAGCGGCUCUAUUUUUCACCACCCUCGUGGGGCCCCUUCAGACGCAGCCCGUGCUGCCCUCCGAGGUGUAUGAGAACCUAAGAGCCCUGAGCGAGCCUGCCCAGGACGUUUCGGCGAAGCGGAUCACCGCAUUUGUCGGCAUACAGACGGGCUUCACGACCAACCACAACAACCCGAAGUACAAUUAUGAAAACAGACGGGAGGCACUGCGCGCCACAUGGGCGCCCUCCAACGAGUCAGAGAGGAGCAAACUCGAGACUGAGUCCGGGAUUGUCGCCAGGUUUGUGGUGGGCCACUCCCCCGACUCCGGGGCCGAGGCAGCGCUGAACGCCGAGGAGGCCAAGCAUGGAGGCUUCAUGCGCCUGGACCUCGUGGAAGGGUAUGCAGACCUGCCACGAAAGACGCUGCUCUUCUUCGAGACCGUGCUGCGGCAGUAUGACCCGCAGUACAUCGUCAAGGUCGACGACGACGUAUACCUGCGUCUGGACAGGGUCCCGGCAGCCGUGGAGCAGUGGGCCAGCGUCGGCGCAGACUACAUUGGCUGCAUGAAGAAUGGACAGGUGAUAAAGACGCCUAGGUACCGCUGGUAUGAGCCAAGUCACGCCCUGCUGGGGUCCCAGUAUUUUACACACACCUGGGGCUCCGCCUACGUCGUCUCCCGCAAGGCCGCGGCGCUGCUGACCUCCCUCCCCACCGGGUCCCUGCGCCACCUGGCCAACGAGGACGUGACCCUGGGCGCCUGGAUGCUGGCCCUGAACCUGACGCACUACGACGACCGGCGCAUGUGCUCCCCUGUCUGCUCCCCCGCCAGCCUGGCCACCUACGACUACCCCUCCUGCGCCGGGCUGUGCAACGCCGCGGUCCAGCUGCGCGAGCUGCACACCAGCCCCGCCUGCGGGGGACCCGCGCUGACGCCCACGGGCGCGCUGCCCAUCCUGGAGCCCGCCAUCUUCUUCAACCGGGCGGUGGACCCCAAGUGGGAGGCCAAGGCCCUGUCGCAGAUGGCGCGGCAGCGCAGGGCACAGGCAGAGCGUGUCCGAGUGGGUGCCGAACGAUGA